UCGGCAGGGAGUCAUUAACAUGGCGUCUUUUCUCCAGAGUUAGCGGCGGACGGCAGACGCUCAGCCAAGCGGCGAAUUAAUGACCAACAACAAUCUCCGGACGUCCACGUUUGCUUCUGCCGACUUGUUAGUCGCGACUGGGACACCAUAGGCGACUCUUGGCCGCAUGGAGUUAGUGUUGGAAAAGUCGCUGAGGCGUUUAGUGGACAAGAGGGCUGCUAGCUAAUGUUAGCUCGCUGCAGCUGUGGACUCCAGCUCACUAUUGUGCUCCACUCACGGAGGAAAUAACUUCACCCUUUUUUUUAACAAUGGGCCUCAUAUUCGCCAAACUAUGGAGCUUCUUCUGUAACCAAGAGCACAAGGUGAUCAUUGUUGGCCUUGACAACGCUGGGAAGACGACAAUCCUCUACCAGUUUCUCAUGAACGAGGUGGUCCACACGUCUCCAACCAUCGGGAGCAACGUAGAGGAGAUCGUGGUGAAGAACACUCACUUCCUCAUGUGGGAUAUUGGAGGCCAGGAGUCACUCAGGUCCUCGUGGAACACAUACUACUCCAACACAGAGUUUGUCAUCCUGGUGGUGGACAGCACAGACCGGGAGCGUCUGGCCAUCUCCAAAGAGGAACUCUACAGGAUGUUGGCCCAUGAGGACCUGAGGAAAGCAGCUGUGCUGAUAUUCGCCAAUAAGCAGGACAUGAAGGACUGCAUGUCGGCGGCGGAGAUCUCCAAGUACUUGACGCUGAGCUCCAUCAAAGACCAUCCCUGGCACAUCCAGUCCUGCUGCGCGCUGACAGGAGAAGGACUUUGUCAAGGUUUGGAGUGGAUGACCUCCCGAGCUGGACUGAGAUAGCCCACUCCAGUCUUCAAAGACGUGAGCCUGCCCCACACAUUUUGUUCCAGACAGUAGCAUGGGGCAUUUGCUGCUUGUCUGGGAAACUUCACAAAAAAAUUACCCGGAGGACAAGGAUUUAAGAUAACACACCUGCACCACACUUUGUUUUUGUUCUUUUAAACGUUCAGGGUCACACAAAAAGGGACGUUGACAUGUCAGUACAAAGAUCAUCAUCGCACACUAAUGAACUUGCAUCUUCUUUUUGUGUUUUUUUUCCUCUUGAACCAGUCAAACCUGCCUCAAUAGGCGGGUGGAUUAUUUUUAAUGACAGUAUUUGAAAAUGUAUUUAGCUAGGUGUUUUUUAAAGAGAAAUGGUGCUCUUGCAUGCGUGCAUUAUUCCCACUUUUCUAGCAAGGUCAGGAGGUGACGUCAGUAUUUGAGCCACAGGUGAAGAUCAGCCUUAAUCACCUUUUGACGCUGGUGGCUCAGGUGUUACAUGUUUGAUUUCAUUAAACCUUCUUGAGCUGUGA